GGAGUAGAAGAUCAGCCAAUAACAAACAAACGAUUAUAUAGUGUUAUUGUCGUAGUAGAUUCAAAACAGUGAAUGAUUAUCUUGUAUGUAUACACGUCAAGUAUAAAGUAUAAUAUGCUGACUGCCAAACUGAACUAGUGUGUUUACUUUUUCCGCCGUAAAUUCGCCAGACUGGUGUAAAGACGUAAAAUGUUAGGGACUUUGACAAGGACUUUCUGUGCCAGAUCCAUUCGAUCCCUGCAAAAAUGCCAAAUGUCCACACAAAGCAAGUUAGAGGGGAUGGCUGUUGCACCAUUUACGCCAUUCAGCAACAACGGUGAAGUGGAUUAUACAAAUUUUGAAAGAUGCGUUCAGUAUUUCGAAAAGUCACAUUUUAAUGGAAUGUUCGUAAAUGGUACACUGGCAGAAGGAAUGAGCCUGUCCUGCAAAGAGAGAAUGAAAGUAGCCGAAAAAUGGAAGGAGGUUUCUGACAGACUUUACAUUAUCCUUCACAUUGGAACGGGGAACCUGAAAGAAAGCCAGGAGCUGGCAAAGCAUGCCGAAGCUAUUGGAAUAGAUGCCAUAGCCGCACUACCGCCAACCUACCACAAACCUACUACUGAAGAACAGCUGGUCGAGUAUUUAGAGCAAGUGGCAGCAGCUGCCCCGAAUACACCAUUCCUAUAUUAUGAAUACAGUGCGACAACCGGUGUAUACUUGAAAAUUCCGCGAUUUCUUCAACUGGCCCAGAACAGAAUACCUACAUUAUAUGGACUUAAACACACUACCCCAGACCUUAGCUCAGCAUUAAACUGUACCAAAGCAUGUAACCGGAAGUACAAGAUAUUUUAUGGCACCGAAACGCAAUAUUUACCAACACUUUGCCUUGGUAUACCAGAUGUUAUAACAUCGCCUUAUAUGGGAAAAUGCUUCUACAACAUCAAAGCUGAGUUUGAAAAGGGUGAAAUGAAACAUGCCCAACAGUUACAGAACAGAGCUCAGGAGCUUAUCAACAUACAAGUAAAACAUGGUGGCGGCAUACCCAGUGCCAAGGCAUUGUUUGAAAUAGUCUCUGGUAUCACUAUGGGAUUACCUAGAUCGCCGUUGCCUUGUUUAUCUCACCAAGUUAAAGACAAUAUGAAGAAAGAUUUAAUAGAGGAAGGGUUCUUAGCCAGCAGAAGUUUCACUGAGGAAGAUUACGAUAGUAUUUUGCUAACUUACUGAUAUUUACCGUCGCAAGUAGAAAGUUACCUUUCCUUGUGAAAGAAAACGAUACAAGUCCAAACAGAUUUCAGUUUUAUAUUGAGAAUGAAAUAUAUUUCUUUCUCUGCGAAAUAGCUAUAUGUGCUGUGUGUUUGUAAAACCUUGAUUACAUGUUUGUCGUAUCUACAGGAAAGUAUGUGUGUUACGUGUCCAGUCUAUAUAUUGAGGGUCAUAGUCAUGCAUUUAUGUGUGACUGGUUGCGAAUGCGUCGAGUUGCAAAAUGAGUGAAAUUUCAGUUAAAAACGUGUGUUUGAUUUAGAAAACAACUGAACAGAUACUUGUGAACGACUAUGAAUUUAUUUUAAUCAGUAAAACGGUAUAUACAUUUAAUUCAACUCUCAGAAAGCCAUAUGAACUGUAAUAAUUACAAUUCUAAAUUGUAUAUAUGUUAAAACGUCAACAUACGGGCUGUCAAUAAGCAGUUUCAAAAGAAAACCAUUCGAAAUUAUUUUUAGCUCAACUGUUCGAAGAAUAAGUAGAGCUAUCCUACUCACCACGGCGUCGGCGUCAACGUCGGCGUCACACCUUGGUUAAGUUUUUCGUACCAGUCCACAUCUUGACAGUCUUUGAGAUAAAGCUUUGAAACUUUCAACACUUGUGUACCAUCACCAUGUCCAGUUUAAAGCAAGAGUACAUAACUCCAUAAAGGAUUUUGGCAGAGUUAUGGCCCCUUUUAACUUAGAAAUCUUGGUUAAGUUUUUCGUACCAGUUCACAUUUUGUGUAAAGUAUUUGACAAAUGGUUUUGAAACUUUUAUCACUUGUUUAUUAUAACAGUCUCUAUCUGUAGGCAAGAGUACAUAACUCUGUCAACUAUUUUGGCUGAAUUAUGGCCCUUUUUGGACUUGAAAAUUGGUACAAUUUUUGUACAAGUCCAUGUUUUGUCAAAACUAUUUGACUUGUGGCUUUGAAAGUUUUAACAACUGUUUAUCAUCAUGAUGUCUAUCUGUAUGCAAGAGUACAUAACUCUGUCAAGGAAUUUGGCUGAACUGUGGCCCUUUUUGGACUUGGAAAUUUGUUCAGUUUUCGUACAAGUCCAUGUUUUGUCAAAAGUAUUUGACAUGUGGCCUUGAAACUUUGAACACUUGCUUAUCAUCAUGAUUUCCAUCUGUAGGCAGAGUAAAUAACUCUUUUAAAUAUUUUGGCUGAAUUAUGCCCUUUCUGGAAUCUGGACUUGGAAAUUGGUUCAGUUUUCAUUCAAGUCAACAUUUUGUCAAAGCUAUUUGACAUGUGACUUUGAAACUUUUAACUUUUGUUUAUCGUCAUGAUUCCCAUCUGUAGGCAAGAGUACAUAACUCUGUCAACUAUUUUAGCUUAAUUAUGGCACUUUUUGGACUUGGAAAUCAGUUAAUAUUUUCGUACCAGUCCGUAUUUUGCCUAACCUGUUUGUCAUAUGGCUUUGAAACUUUUACCACUUGUUGCAAGUACAUUGUCUUAUCUAUUCCUUUUCUUUUGUCUGAAAAACAUUGGUAAUAUUUUGACCCUAUACUUCUAUCAAUGCUUCGAAUAGUCGAGCGCGCUGUCAACAGACAGCUCUUGUUUAGAUCAGUUUGUCCUUUGUUUCAUUAAUGUUUUUAUUCUAAUAGAUUGAGGACUGGCAUCAGUUGUUAGAGUCCUUUAAGAUAAAUAUCUCUGCCAUUAAAUCCUCUCAAAUUGCACUUUCUAAAUAAGAUAUCUCUGACUAUUCUGGAAAAAAAUACAAUAUCAUUUUUAGCUCCACUAUUCGGAGAAUAGGGGGUGGGGAUAUACUACUCGCCCCGGCGUCGGUGUCGGCGUGAGCUUUCUUGAUUAAAGUUUUUCAGCAAC